AUGGCCACCCCCCAGUCCACCACUUCUUACGACGACGCCUCGGGCGACAAGAAGCUUGAGCAAAUCACCUUUCGCUUCUGCUCCGAGUGCUCCAACAUGCUCUACCCCAAGGAGGAUGUGGAUUCUCACAAGCUGCAGUUCACCUGCCGGACCUGCCAGUACACCGAGGACGCCCAAUCCACCUGCGUCUUCCGCAACGUCCUCAACACCUCGGCCGGUGAGACGGCCGGUGUCACGCAGGAUGUUGGCUCCGACCCAACGGUUAGUCACCUCCCGCCCGUUACCUGCCACGGCUGUGGCGAUAUCAUCCUCUGCACCACCUGUGGGAAGCCCGACUGCCAGAUGGUUGUCACUCUCCGCGAGAACGUCAAGCGCUCCGUCACGGGCAUGUGCCAGUUUACCUUGCCCUGGGAGGAUGAGGACGCGGACCCCUUUUCCGAGUACGACGAGGAGAUGAUGUCCGAGGAGUGCGACCUCAAGACCGACCCCGAAGAUUCAUACUGCUGGCUGACUUUGUUCUUCUUUUGUGUGCUGCAGCUCCCGCGAUCCAACAAGACCUGCCCCAGUUGCAAGCAUGAAGAAGCCGUCUUCUUCCAGUCUCAGCAGCGAAGCGCCGAGACCGGCAUGAAAUUGUUCUACGUCUGCUGCGAGUGCGGUCACAUCUUCACAUAG